GGAGCAUACCAGCUCGGCAACGGUAACAACGACUGACGGGCAGCGCCGAGCACCGUCGCGACCACCGCGACAUUGACGCAACCACCACCAGCAGCAGGUGUCCUAGCGUCCACAUCCGGGACACCGCUCUAUCCGCUCCGUGUUCGCGCGAUAUGGUUCCGGGAUAUCGCCGUAGAUACGUUAUGAGAAAAUCGUCGGGAUCAUGGUGGACGGGAAGUCAGCUGGAAGUCGACAGCUACAGACAUUUCCACUCCAGCGCACAUAAAUGAAGUGACACCUGCUGAAACGAAAACGCAACAAGAAACCAUACUGCCAUGUUGCCCACGAACGUGAUGUCUUUCAUGAAAAAGAUGGUGGCUACGGAGCCUGGUUCUGCUCAUAGCGCGGCUGAAGUGGAAGGUGGAAUGACGUUCGAGAAAAUCAAACAAACCUUAUCUUCCUCUCUUCUCACGGCACAGGAUAAAGUGACCAACAAAAUGUCUCCUCGUCCGUCAAUCGUUCCGCUGGACACCGGGGACUCCCCCACUUCCGACAUCGGAGCAGGCACGACCGUCACGCAACCCGAGGCCCCUCCCAAGGAGCCUGCAAGGGGCAACUGCAGGGUGUGCCUGAAAGCCUUCAGAGGUCACCAGCUGGACCAGGCGAGGUCCUGCGCCGAGUGCUCGCAAAGGGUCUGCGAAGACUGUGCGAGUUACAGCAAGAUGGACGACGGCGAAGAUACUAGGAAUUGGACUUGCAGUGUUUGUAGAAGCUCUAUCAUCAAACGCGCUACGAAGCUAUUUGCUCAAGCAAAGCAAUGGGACGAUCUCCUAACCCUCAACUGCCGAGUAUUACCCAGUAAUACCACGUCCUGCAUCCCGCUAGUUUGGUCUGAAUUGCAACGGAGACACUCCGAAACGCGUCUGGGCAGCAGUGCGGGCAGCGAUGGUCUAUCUGUAGGGGGCUUCGGGGGCGGCUUGGCACCCCCUAGGAGCCCCGAGCUACGCAGGCACUCUGAUGUGUCGCCUUCAUCACUCAAGGAACUCGAAAAGUUGAAAUCUGGAAAGCCAUCAUCUGAUCAGUCAUCGAAUAAACCAAUGAAACCUCUUGGCAGUCCGUAUGGCUCUACAGCUGAUGUCGGUCCCCCACAGGUGCAGCGAUCCAGACGAGGGUCCCGAGUAUCACGACAACGCAGCUAUGAUGAAGAGGUGAAAGCAGCCAAAGGAAUCUCCCCCGGUGGCUCUCCAGCGACAGGUCCCGAUGGCUCCGCCGCUGGCCUGGGACUGCCUGCCCCUAUGCCGAGACGCGCCUCCGCCUAUGACGUGUUCGCUGGCGCACCGGGCGGCCUCCCAACCGUAGCAGGCCCGCCCAUGGGUAGAAGGGCAUCGUUCCGCGUUGCGCCACCCACUCCGGUCGAGCAACAGAGCCCGACCACCGAAAACGAUGUGGGCGGGCUCUCAAUGCCGAUCAUCACAGGCGCAGGAUUGGGGGGACCUGUACCGGAGAUCGGGGAAAGGAGGAUGUCGUGCAGGAGGGCAUCACAUAUGUAA